AGAUUUACCACAAGCCUGUUUUGUUCUCUUAUCUGGAUGUUGGAUAGUAAAUCAAAGACAGCGUUGAGUUCUGCUUAGUCACUGAGAAGUGCACCUUACUUCUGUUUUUGCCGUCAACGGACAAGAUCGGCUCUCGUGGCCAGACUUAAAGAAAAACUUUCAAUCUGAAUUUAGCUACUGUUAACAUGUAGCUUGGAGAAGACACUCAAUUCUCUAAGGAAAGUCGAGCAUUUCAAUAAUGUACGGCUUACAGAGUUUACUGUUCCUGGGAACGCUGACAAUGCUGGUCUCCAACGACAUGUUGGAUGACUGUUUGGAGUCAAACCCGCGAUACACCAUGAACGUGGUGCUGCUGGAGGACAACACUUAUGAAUGGAGUCGACCAUUUGUUCAGGAGGCUGUGGAAGGAGCCAUUAAAAAGGAUGCAGAAGAGAACAGAAAAGCUGGGUUGAAUUUCACUUUAACAGCCAACUACAACUGGUUCAACACCAACUUGUACAACCGCCAGGGCUGUGGGAGCAGCACCUGUGAGGGAGUGGCCAUUCUCAAAAAGCUGCACAACACCGGAGAAGUUGGCUGUGUCAUGCUGGGCCCGUCCUGCACUUUUGCCACCUUCCAGCUAGUAGAUAUGGAAAUUGGCUUAAGUCUGAGCAUUCCCGUGAUCUCUGCUGGGAGCUUUGGGCUCUCUUGCGACUACAAACCCAAACUGACCAGGAUUCUGCCUCCAGCACGGAAGGUUUCAGACUCACUGGUGUACUUUUUUAAUGAAAAAAAUAUGUUAAAGCCUAUAUGGGAGAAGGCUUAUGUUUAUAAGAAGUCAAACAAUGUGACCGAGGACUGCUUCUGGUACAACAAUGCCCUGGAGGCACCUUCUGCUCACUUUGCAUCAAGCAAGAAAAGAGAGAUGCUACGUGGUGAGGAAGAACUAAAGAAGGCCCUGACUUCUAAGUACAGAUUUAGCAACAUAUUUAUUUUAUGUGGGAGUGUUGAUGACAUAGUCUCAAUAAAGGGACUGGCAAAGCAGUUUCAUGAAGACACCAUUUUCAUUCUCAUCGACCUUUAUAAUCCUGAGUAUUACAUCAACACAACUUCCUUAGCCCCUAUGCGAGACGUCCUGGUGGUCACUCUGCCACCAAGGAACUACGUCAACGAGUCAAACUCAACAUUCAACAACACGAUAAAUGACUACGUGGCUGGAUAUCAUGACAGCGCUCUGUUAUUCGGCGAAGUGCUCAGAAGGAAAAUGCUCAGUCAGCAUGUGCCUCUGAGUGACACUCCAUUUGGAAACAUUUCCUUUGAAGGUAUGGCAGGAAACUACGUGCUUGACGAGUAUGGUGACAGAGAUGUUAACUUCACCUUUAUCUACACAUCUGCUCAGACUAGCAAGUAUGAAACUCUUUCAGUGUUUGAUACAUCCCAAAAUAUCACCAUAAUGUGGCACGACAGCCCCACCUUGCCGUGGAAAGACGGUCAGCUGCCAGGAGAUGAACCGGAAAAUACAGAAGACUUAAGCACUCAAGAUAUCAUUGUGAUCGUUUUGGGUGUCAGCGUUGUGGUGGUGACAGCCAUUGCUCUCAUUUUCUACAGGCAGAACAGAAAAGAGCGUCUUAUGCAGAUGAAGUGGUCCCACAUUGAGCCGCACCUGAUUGGUCCCCUGGAUGAGAAGGAGGUCUCCCUAAAGAUUGAUGAAGAUAAGAGGAAGGACAGUACAUUCUUCUCUCAUCGUGGUCGCUACGACAAGAAGCCUGUUGUAUUGAAAGAGCUGAAACACCCAGAUGAAGAUUUUACUGAAGAGCAGAAGAUUGAGCUUAACACUCUACUGCGCAUUGAUUAUUACAACCUCACAAAGUUUUACGGCACUGUGAAGUUUGAGUACGGCGUGUUUGGUGUGUUUGAGCUGUGUCAGAGGGGCUCACUAAGGUAUAUUCUUAACGACAGGAUAUCCUACCCAGAUGAAACCUUUAUGGACAUGGAGUUUAAGAUCUCAGUCAUGUAUGAUAUAGCAAAGGGGAUGUCGUACCUCCACACAAGUAACAUCCCAGUGCAUGGCCGGCUCAAGUCAACUAACUGUGAGGUUGAUAACCGCAUGGUGGUCAAAAUCACAGACUUUGGUUGCCACACAAUUCUGAAGCCGGCCAAGGAUCUUUGGACAGCCCCAGAGCAUCUUCGCAAAGAUGGGGUCUCUCAAAAAGGCGACGUUUACAGCUACGCCAUCAUUGCCCAUGAGAUUGUUACAAGGAAACCCCCUUUCUAUACACAGUACUGCUCAGAUUCUGCAGAGAAAAUGUACAGAGUUCAGUAUCCCAGGAACAACAACUUCUUCAGACCAGAGCUCAACUUUGAAGGAGCAUCAGACAGGGAAACUGAGGUGUAUAUGCUGAUAAAGAAUUGUUGGGAUGAAGAUCCUGAACGCAGGCCAGAUUUUAAGAAAAUAGAAUUAACUCUGGGAAAGAUUUUCAGUAAUUUGCACAACCAAGCCACUGAGACAUACAUGGACAACCUGAUCCGUCGUCUGCAGAUGUACUCAAGGACUCUGGAGAAUCUGGUGGAGGAGAGAACUGCUUUGUAUAAAGCUGAGAGGGACAGAGCCGACCACCUCAACUUUAUGCUGCUCCCUGGUCCUGUGGUACGGUCCCUGAAGGAAACGGGUAGAGUGGAGCCAGAGCUCUUUGAAGAGGUUACCAUCUACUUCAGUGACAUCGUGGGAUUCACCACCCUCUGCCACUAUAGUACUCCCAUGGAGGUUGUGGACAUGCUUAACAAUAUCUACAAGAACUUUGACAGCAUCUUGGACCAUCAUGAUGUCUACAAGGUUGAGACAAUAGGGGAUGCGUACAUGGUGGCAUCCGGUUUACCCAACCGGAAUGGGGACCGGCACGCAGUGGACAUCGCCCACAUGGCUCUGGACAUCCUGUCAUUUGUGGGAACUUUUGAGUUGCAGCACCUGCCUGGGAUUCCUCUGUGGAUUCGUAUUGGAGUGCAUUCAGGCCCCUGUGCAGCAGGAGUGGUGGGAAACAAGAUGCCUCGCUACUGCCUCUUUGGAGACACGGUCAACACGGCUUCACGCAUGGAGUCUACUGGCCUGCCUUUGAGAAUUCAUGUGAGCCAAUCAACCAUCAAAAUCUUGCAGAGGACCCCCUGCAAGUUUGAGUUUGAGCAGAGAGGAGAGACUUACCUGAAGGGUAAAGGUAAGGAGAUGACAUACUGGCUAACAGGAGUGACGGGGGGCAACUACAACCUGCCUACACCACCAACAGCGGAAAACUUCCAGCGCCUCCAGCAGGACCUUGCAGACAUGAUCAUUUCAAGUCUGGAGAAGCGUGAAGGUGGAAAGGAGACUAUUGAAAAGAGGAAGACCCUGUCCACCAGAAUCCGCUGGAAAGACAGAAACAACAGCUUUCAGAAAGAAAGUCCUCCCGAGUACUUCCACUUGGCUGUCACAGAGAAUCCAAGUACUUACCUGUGACUCCAGCAUUCAGGGGAUUUUACUGAAAAAAAAAGACUGCAAUAAGUCAGUCCGGGUGUGUGUGUUUCUUUCUCUGAUGCAGGACUACAAUGAGAGAAGAACACAAGCUUUACACAGAUGUUCCCUGUUCCAGGUCACAAUCAAUUUCCUGACAUUCAUAUCACCUACAGUAAAUGGCUAAUUUACACCAAUUUGUUACAUGAAUCAUUAAAGUAGAGAAAAACUUUCCACUCACACACCUGACCAGCUCACACAAGGGAAGGCCGCUUGUCAAAAUCACCUUGUUGUAUUGCACUGUAUUAAAUUGUAGUAUAAG